UCUCUCUAAGGGGAGGGGGAGUGGCUACAUUUGGCCAGGGCUUCAAUAUAAGCCUUUUGAAUGGACCUCUUAGGAGCCCAAUCUUUCUUGUGGCACAACUACCAACACCUACAUCGACUAGAACGGGAAGAACAUAUUUGUUUUCUUGACUCUCCAGUUUUAUUGCCCAAUUGCAUUUAUUUCUUUUGCCCAUUUUUUGUGUUUUUUCUUGUAAAUUUGCUUUUCUAGUCAAGAGGCCUUUAGGCAAAGAAACAAAAAGACAAGAUGAUCGCUCUGUUUUCCUUGGCAUUGUUUUUCUUUGCAAGCAGUCUACGUGUUGAAGCACAAGAUGAAAGAAUCAAAGUCUACGCCAACAGAGGAGACAAUAUCACUCUGCCCUGCAAACUGGAAGGUCUGUCCAAUUUGUUUGGAAACAGAAUCAAGUGGACAAAGCUUGAGGAUGACUCGACAGAGACCGACGUGUUGAUGUCCAUGGGGUUCCACAAGAAGACCUAUGGAAAAUUUGAGGACCGCGUAUACCUGUUAAAGAAGGAUGACAAUGAUGCUACCUUGGUUAUUACAAACCUAGAUCUGAAGGACUAUGGCACAUACAGGUGUGAGAUCAUCAAUGGCCUUAAUGACAAGACUGUCGAAGUGGACCUUGAAUUGCAAGGGGAAAAUUCACUUUCAUUCACAGGAGUUGUGUUCCCAUACUUCCCUCGAUUGGGGCGGUACAACUUCAACUUCCAAAACGCGGAGGCUGCCUGUCUGGAGCAAGACGCUGUGGUCGCCUCUUUCGAGCAGCUCUACGAGGAAUGGAGAAGUGGGCUGGAUUGGUGCAAUGCCGGCUGGCUCAAUGACGGAACCGUGCAGUAUCCCAUUACCAAACCCAGAGAGCCCUGUGGAGGCGCAAGGACCUCAGCCGGACUGAGAAACUAUGGCAGUAGGGACAAGUCCAAAAGCCGCUAUGAUGUGUUUUGCUUUACAGCCAGCCUUAAAGGCCUCUUUUACUACCUGAUCCAGCCCAGGAAGCUGGACUAUGAGGAGGCUGUCAAUGCAUGCAAGGGAGAUGGAGCUGAGAUUGCAAAGGUGGGCCACAUGUAUGCUGCCUGGAAGCUGCAUGGAUACGACCGAUGUGAUGCCGGUUGGCUGGCCGACGGUAGCGUACGUUACCCUAUCUCCAGGCCCCGGAAGAACUGCAGCCCCACGGAGGCUGCGGUUCGCUUUGUUGGCUUCCCCGACAAAAAGCAGAAGCUGUACGGUGUCUAUUGCUACAAACCUCAACCUUGAAGCGCUUCAUUUCUAACACAGUCUCAUCCCAAGACGUCGUUUUAGGGUAACAACAUCCGUCAUUUUA